AUGAAUUUCCACCUCGAAGCCAAAAACGUGCGGCUUGAAAAUGAUCACUAUCUUAGAGCCUCUAUCUCGUUUGAUGGCAAAUGGGAAGACGUGAGCCUUGACCUCGAUCUCUAUAUCGGUAAUAAUAACGGAGCUCUUUCUUGGGGUGGCAGUAGUGAGUCUCUAUCCCUUGCAGAAGAGAUGCGAUAUGCUAACAUGUCAAACCCUCGCUCAGACUUCUCUCUCGAAGCCACUAGCAUCAGACUUGGCAAGGAUCCCUACGGCGGCUGGUGCCCGGUGCUUUACGCAACGCUCCCAGACUCGAACGGAGUUACCAAAAGCUGCGGCAUCUACCUGGGGCGUUGCAUUGGCAUCGAGAAUUCUAAUCUCACUUGUGAUAUCAGCAAAGCACACUUAACGGAGCCCGUGAGGAACCCCGACAAGGGAAUCAACUACUUUCUACUUCCAUCGCAGUACCGCCGUGGUUACUAG